CCGGAUAUCGAAGAGUCUACUGUAAUUAUUAGGCGGUAUAAAUCGGCAGUCAGCUGUUUAAUAAUUCGGAAAAAUCCUCUCUAUUUCCACGAUUUUUCAAAGAUUUCCUAUUUGUAAAAAUCACUCUGAGCCAUCUUGGUGACUUUUGGUGGAAAAUUCCUUUGGAACCAUAGAAGAAAUUUCCUUCUGAUGCAUUUUUUAUUGGGUUCUCGACUAUCCCAUUAACAAAAUCGUUCCCUGCGGUUACGGAAGCUUCUGCCCUUUCCAUGGAACUUCCAUUGGAUUUUCCAUGUGGUGUCUCCAUUGGGUUUGUGGUCAAAUGUUCGGCGUCGUGUAAACAAAUUAAAAAGAUCUUUCGGUUUCUUUCCGCGACACCGUCUCCGGCCAUUUCUUUUGUUGUUCUCUGUGCCAAAAAAAAAACAAUGUCUGGAGCUGUUAUUGAGAAUUUGAGUGGAAGAAAAUUGUUGGUAAUUGUUUGUGGUCUUCUGAUAUGUCAAAUUAUUUGUUUUCUCAUCGGCGGCUUAGGCGCUCCUGUGCCAAGUUCUGUCCAGACAAUUUUGCCGACAGUGUGCCAGGACAAUGGAAACAGCUUCAAUGACAGCACAAAGUGGUUCUGGACUCGCGGAGAGGGCUCCUGUACGGCACAGACGUCAAUUGAGGACAGUGUUAAUGUAAGGAGCAAUCCCAGAGCUGUUAUGGCCUUCCAGAUGCCACUGCCACGCGAUGGUCACAUCCUGGACUUCAGUCGAUGGCAGCAGAGUCUCAUUGGGAUGCUGCAGCUGGAUAUUAAGUUGACAGAAGAUGCUACUGUCCUGCCUCAGGCCAUUCCCAUCACUCUGGACGCCAGGCUGGCUUUUGCCAAUAAGCAUCAGCCAAAAUGGGAGAAAUUGGCCAUUUCGCUGGAACAGAGGCACCUGGAGUGUCAAACUGAAGCCUAUCACAUUCUAAAAUGUGAUCCAGUGGCUCUGUUUGAGCUCGGUUCACUCCAUCAUGACUACUAUUUGCUCAAUAUCAGAUUUCCCGUGGAUACAGAACGUCAGUUGAAUCUCCAAAUUGAAGAGAUAACCGAAGCAACUGUAACGGCUAUCUACCAAAAUGGCGGCUUCACAAAAGUCUGGCUCGGUCUGAAGUUUGUAUUUGCCGUUACUGUUGGCACGAUGCUCGGAUGGUUCUGGCAUCGAGUGCAUCAAUUGCAACGGAAACCUGUUCUUCUGGAGUGGAUGCUAAUGGGUUUGGGUGGUGCCAUGACCCUUCUAAAUCUACCAAUUGAACUGGCAACAUUGUCAAUGGAUAUGCCAUUUAUGCUCUUACUAACUGACAUCCGUCAGGGUAUAUUCUAUGCUGUUCUCCUGAGUUUCUGGCUUAUCUUCACCGGUGAACAUCUCAUGAUCCAACUUGACAAUCAACGAACAACCCUCUUCAACUACUGGCGCCAUCUCAGUGCAGUUGGUGUCAGUUGUAUUGCUCUAUUUGCAUUUGAUAUGUGCGAAAGGGGCAUUAAAUUGCGCAAUCCUUUCUAUUCUGUCUGGAUAUCACCACUAACAGCCAAUAUUGCAUCAAUUUUUAUUGGUAUUGCAACAAUAUCUGCCGUGAUCUACUUUGUAUUUCUCUGUUUUAUGGUGUAUCGGGUGAUGAAGAAUAUUGGAGCUAAAAAGACAUCAAUGUCAACAAUGUCAGCUGCUAGACGACACAGAUACAAUGGUAUUAUCUAUCGUUUUCAAUUUUUGAUGCUAGCAACAAUUGUUUGUGCAGCCUUUACCGUUGUUGGCUUUGUGAUGGGUCAAGUGGAUGAGCAACAACUAAAGUGGAAUGAAACAACGAGUAUUGAGAUGAAUUCGGCUUUUUUGACCGGUGUCUAUGGCAUGUGGAAUAUCUAUGUUGUAGCACUUCUAGCACUCUAUGCACCAAGUCACAAAAAGCAUCAACAAAUUGUACCACCACCGUCAAAUAUGUCAACAGAAGAAAUUGAAUUUAGCAAUUUUCCAGCUGAAUCAAAUCCCAGUGAAAUUUCAUCCUUAACCUCAUUUUCGCGCAAAUCAGCCUUCGAAUGAAUCAACAAAUAACACCAAUAUUGCUCAUUCUUUUUUGUUGUUGUUGUUUGUGUCCAGUGAAUAAUUGCGAUGUCUCUCCAAAAAAAAAAAAAAAACAAAGACUUAACAAUAGUAUUAUUAAUUAAUUUUUCAAUUUGUAUUUCGGAAUAAAUUAUGCCAAGAUGUAA